GGGCGGACGAGAGCACGGCGAGCCCCUCAUCAUCACCAAGGUGAGGCGGAGGGCGAGGGAGGGAGGAGGUGCGGCUCCAUGUUGGGCAUUGCUGUCCCGCGGCUCCGGCGAGCCGGGCCCGGGCCCGCACCUGCGGCGGUGGCAGAGGGCCCGGCCUGGCUGCGCUGCCCUCUCUGGCCGCCUCCCGGCAACGCAGGUGCCGCGAAGGGCACGCGUUCCCGUUAGCGCCUGGCUCGGUGCGCGCCGGGUGCUGAGCCGCCUCAGCGGCGUCCGUCGGGGGAGGCUUUAGGACAACAGGUUGUUGCGCAGCGUCAAUCUGCAGCUCGGUUGGAGCUUCGAGGGCACGGUCUUGUUUCCCAUUAACUCUCAGUGAAGUAGGUGCGAGCGCUGGCACAGCCGGGCUGUGGAGAAAGCCGGGCGAGGGAGCCCGACUGUGGGCCCCGGCUGCUGAAGGAGAGAGCGGGGUCUGGAACCCGCCGUGCUGACACCGGGCUUUCUCUGCCCCUGCCCCCCUGGCACGUGGAAAACAAUUAGGGUGACCUUUUGCAUCUCCCUCCUUCUCUAAACAAAAGGUCUGUGGAUAGUGACCAAAUCCAUGCUCCAAAGGCAGGGGGAGGGGGAGGCUGCUGAGUUAGUAGGCACUUUCUGGCUUUUUUCUUGGCUUUUUUUUCUAAGUCCUUGUGUGCUUACAGCUUUACUCUCGGUGUGUUGGGCGUAAGUUAGAGAACUAAGUAAUAUUUUCUGGGAAAUGACUUUCAUCUGGAUGCUCUUUGCCUGCAGAAUCCCCAUCCCCAGUAACUGCUGGGUUUUCCUGUUACGACAACUUUCUUGUCACACAAUCAGAAACACAUUGAAAUGGAUCCAUAUGGAAUUAAAAAAAAAAAUCCACAUUAGAAAAACAUUUGGCUCCAGAUCUGUAGGAAAGAAAUGUAUGCUCUUGGUCUGCAAGUCCUGUUAGAAGUACAUGAAAAGUGUCAGAGGUCAACAAGUCCUGUCUUAUCCACAGCAGAAAUUACUCUGUUCUUAUUUUUCAGCUUGUUUCAUUGUGGAUUUUCCAGUUGGUUUCUCUCUUCCCCUCUUGGCAUUACUUUACAAAGGACUUUUCAAGUUAGGUCUCUUCAGAUUUUUUCUAUAUCUCUUCCUUGCUGCUGUUUUCCAAGAGGCCACAGACUGUGUUGGCAGAUGUGUGUGCUAAGAGGUGACUCUGCAUCUGUUGGCCACUUUCUGGUAUCCUGAGCUACUGAAUAUCAAAACUGCAGGCAUUUGAGGAAAGGAGAAAAGAGCCACUUACUUUGUGUCUAGGAGCUAUCAAGUGACAAAUCCAAUGAUUUCUCCAUUCUGGUAAGAGCAAACUAGCACUACAUCUAAAUGCUGAUCAGUGAUACUUAAUCAUAAUGUUGCUUAGGUAUUAAGUAACAGGCUUCAAAUAUUUGUGGCAUGAGGAUGUGGCUGUGGUAUGUGGGAAGAGGUGUCUGGGGAUGGGAACCUUUUCAACUGGGUCUGUUACUCAAGUAAUAAUGAAGGGGAACCACAGCCCCUCUACCUCCUCAAACCAUCACUACUGACCUCGGGCAAAGAGACAGCCUGGAUCCUGUCCUUGUGCCUGAGGUUUUGGAGUGGAUUUUGAUUAGCAGUUUUUGGAAGCAAGUGUAGCAAGCUGGGUGUGAAACCGUUGACUGAAGCUUGUGCCUCCCUUAUCCCCAGGACUCCAAAGUCUUCAAGGGCAAAAUCUUCCACUUGUUUUUGCCCACCCAUGCCGGUGUGUGUUUUGUUUAUUCUGUACAGCUUCUAGUGGUGGAAAACCACUGGGAAGAAUAAUUUGUAGCAGGUGAUUAAAGCAGUCCCUCAACUUGCAUUUUCCUGAGCGGAAGGGCGGAUCUCCAGGCCACCACAGAAAAGGGGAUUUCCACUUCAUCGCUGCAUACUCCUCUCCUGUGGCAAGUUUAAUCCUUAAUCUUUUAUUGGAUAGGCUAGUGGCAGUACUGCUCUGAAUCCUUCAAAACCUCAGUGGAAAGACACUGAUUUUGUUUGAACCAUGUCUAAGUGUGGGGUGGAUACUGAGCUCAUCUGGCUGAAGUCUGGGGCUGUUCUGGGGGAGAGAAGGCGUAUGAUGUGAAAUGCCACUUUUUAAGGAGAGGAAUGUGACAAGGUGCGAAUGGAGUUUCAGAUAGCAGCUACUUAAGGGGGAUUUCUAAAAUUCUACCCUUCUCCUUUCUCACCACCAUCUCUAAAGCGAGGUCAGCCUUUGAAGAAAUUUGCACCUUUAUGUAAAUGUUGCAAGUGUGUGGUGUAAACAUUUCCUGCUGUCUUUGCUCUGUGUGGGACAACUGAAAUCAUCUGAGAAGUAGCACCAGAAAAUGCUGUAGCUGAAAAAUUAAUGAAAAAGCUUCAGCUGUUUGUUUUUGCUUUCUGCGUAGCAAACUUUGACAUUUGUUUCCCUGAUUGUGUGGUUAUUUUACUAGCUAGCAGGAAGGGAACUUUUCUUAUAAGAAGUAUCAUGGGGGGUUGUAAGGCAAGAAUUGCUGCAAAAGCUGUUUGGGAAUUUCUUGUUUUAAUUGAGCAGAUUUCAGGCUCAUAGCGUCCUUUGAUCCAACAAACUACCAAUAAUCGCUGAGGGAAAGGCAUGCUAAGCAGGAGAAACUCUAUGUUUUCAGUCUCAGCAGGGAGAUAAGCAUGUGUGCAGCCACUGGAAUGUUGGGACAAAAAACGCUGCGCGCACGCAAUGUAGGGAGAGGUCAGCCUGGAGUCACGCUGCUGUGCUGGGUACCAGGCAGCAGGAGCGGGCGUCCCUGGUUCCUGGGAGCUCUGUGGCUGCAAUGGGGCCUGGAGGGUAUCCUGAGCCAGAUUGAAGAUGGGAGCAAAGCUGCUUCUGUGGACAAGUUGCUGGCUGGGGAUGAAAUUGUUGGCAUCAAUGAUGUGGGCCUCUCUGGGUUCCGACAAGAAGCAAUCUGUCUGGUGAAAGGCUCACACAAGACACUGAAGCUUGUAGUAAAAAGAAGAAAUGACCUAGCCUGCAGGCCUCACUCCUGGCAUGCAACCAAGUUUACAGAAAGUCAGCCUGAGACAGCCACGUCACACCUUCCUUCAUCCAAUGCCUGCACUUCCUGGCACUCACGGUAUCAUGCAAGCUGUUCUUCUCAUGACCUGUCAAACUCAUGGGAUCAGUCAAGCCUCCAUCGUGCGUCUGACCAGUUCAGCUCUUUGGGCAGUAUGGACAGCUGGGACCAAACUCCACAAGUAGCCCAAUACGGAAGACUUUCUUCUGCAAGGUCUAAUAGUAGCAUUGACCAUCUAGGGAGCCAAAAUAAGCGAGAUUCAGCCUAUGGGUCUUUCUCCACAAGUUCUAGCACCCCUGACCACACUCUAUCCAAUGCAGACACUUCUUCAACAGAGAAUAUGCUGUAUAAAGUAGGCCACUGGGAGACGUCUAAAUAUGGAAACAAGUCUGGACAGUUUUUGAAUGAUUACAGUGGGAUAGAGGACAAACCUGGAUAUUUGCCGGCUCCCAUCCAGUACGAGAAUAACAGAAGUCCCAGAAUAGAGGAACACCCUGACGUCAAGCUCUCUGGCUCUGGAAGAUCCAGCUUUGGGCCCGUCUGGUAUGUUCCAGAUAAAAGGAAAUCUUCCUCUCCUCCCCCACCACCUCCGCCUCUCCGUAGUGACAGCUUUGCUGCUACCAAAGGCCAUGAGAAAGCCCAGGGCCCUGCAUACUCAGAGAGUGCCAGCACACAGCACUUUACAGCCCUGAACCGAUCUCAGGCCAGGAAUGACUGGAACUCAGAAACUGUGGAACAGCAACGGCGGCCUUCCAGAGCAUGUGACAGGAAGGUCGGUGGCUCAAAUUAUAAAUCAGAUCUCAGUUCGGAACAUGCUUUUUCUGCAGUUGGUGAAAGGUACAAUAGUCAUGCAGGAACUGUGAGCAAGCUGCAGUCAUCCUUGUCCAGCACUGAUGUUCGGUUUGCACAGCCUGCUUACAAUUACCACCACCAGCACCAGUACAGUGAUGAAAGCACUUUUUUUCACAACACAAGAAUGUUAGCUGCGCCUAAAGAUCAGCAACCUUUUCUCUCCUACGGUGGUAUUCAAGAGUUGCCUGCUGACCAUUUUCAUGGAUACAAUCUAAACCACACCAGGCUGUUCAACACUUGCUCUUCUUCAAACAGUGCUGCUGAACAGAAGGCGGACAACACUGGACAGAGUCGCUAUUAUUGCGUGACAGCAAAACAGCCUGCUCAGGGAAGUUCAAAGCCACUGCAGCUCAAGGAUGACAACUGGAAACCUGCAGCGGGGGCUGAUGUUUCUCUUGGACCGUAUGAGAAUCCUGCAGUUGUCACGAUGGCCCAAAAACCAAAAUGCUAUCUACCUCAACAGUCUGUUGAGUCUUGUCUGGAAGGGUGUGAGAACAGUAGUCAUUACACAGUGGACAGAGAGAGUGAUGUUAGGUUUGCUGUAGUAGAAGAGGCUAAAAAAACGAAUCAUGCUGAAAAGUCUGGGCAAAAGAAAAGCUUUGAGAGCACAUUUGAGGAAAGUGAAAUGAAGUACUGUCAACAGGAGUAUGGAAAGGGCUGUGCCCUUACUGCUGAAAACAGGCCUGCUCAGAAAGACUUCAGGUGGGGAAAAGAUGAGAGUAGCAAGAUCUCUCCUCAGAGGACCCCAAUGUUGCACUCUUUGGCUCAGGAAGGCAAAAAACACUCUGACGGCAGCCCAGAAGCUGUAACAGAGCGUCAGCCCCCAUUUGAUAAUCACUUGUCUAAACAGGCACGAAGGAGCGACCGUUUUGCAACAACCCUGAGAAAUGAGAUCCAAAUGAGAAGGGCAAAGCUGCAGAAAAGUAGGAGCACGGCUACUUUAAUAGGGUCAUCUGAAACAGAGGAGUGCAGCGAGAAUGGGAAGCCAGAUGCAGCAGAAAAUGUGAACGCCUCCCCAGAUACGAACUUUACUAGCACCUACAAAGAUCACCUGAAGGAAGCGCAGGCCAGAGUUCUGCGGGCAACUUCCUUCAAGCGGCGGGACUUGGAGCCCAGCCCUGCUGAAUAUCCCCCCAGGUCACCAGAACGGAAAGCUGGUAGUUACAACUCUUCAUUAUUGGCUUUGGUUUCUGAAGAUGUGUCUGGAUUCCUUGAGGCUACGCAAGCUAAACCGAACCCUACAGGGAGUGGCACUCAUCAUGUUUCUCGCAUUGGAGCCAGGAAGAGGUUCACAACAGAACAAAAACUGAAGUCUUACUCUGAACCGGAGAAGAUGAAUGAAGUGGGGAUGUCAGAGGAUGAGUGUCGUGCCCACUGCCAUCCAGAAACAUCUGAAGAAGCCUUGGGCUCAUUUGCGGACAGGUGGAAAUUUUUUGAAGAAACAAGUAAGCCUGCAUGUAGAAAGCCUGCACAGAAACCAACUCCCCACAGCCUAGCUGAGGGACUGCCUGAGAGGGCAGACAGGAAAGCUUACGGCGGGCAGGAGGGAGACGAGUCCUGGCAUGAGAGGAGAGGUCGGGCAGCCUCUGUUGGACUUGAAACUGCACAUGCUCCAAAAGGUAGCUUCCACCACGGCCCCAGCAGUAAGGCUGCCGAUAGGACUGUGAAAUCUGAACAGCCACAGCGUCUGGGAACCUUUGCGGAGUAUCAGGCACAAUGGAAAGAGCAGCGGAAGCCCAUCGAGGCAAGGAGUUCAGGAAGGUACCAUUCAGCGGAUAACAUCCUUGAUGUCAGCCAUGAGCAGCAUGAGAAACCCCAGUAUACCCAUGAGAGGUCUAGAUCAUCCCCUUCAACUGAUUUCUACAAACAGGAAGUCCCAGUUGAAGUAAGGAGGCAAGCAGAGGAUUUAAAGGAAGAUGGGGAGCAUAUUUUCUCUAAAGUUAACCAUCUGGAUGAAAAGAACAACUCUGUAAGGCAAGCUGGUAUCGGGGCCCUAAGAGAAAACCCACGGGAAAAAAGGGAUCAGCUGGACCAGAAUAUAGGCCACAAGUGGAAGGCAUCUGUCAGACCUUUGCAUGCAAGAGAGCCGGCGGUUUUGUCUCACGAAAGCCGCGGGAGAUCUGGGACAUUGCCUAGUGAUUACAGAUACUCUCGGGAAAACGUGAAUGAGAAGAGCAAGGACUGCAGUUUGCCUCAUCUCUCGUGCUCUGAGCCACAGUCCUUGAACGAGAACCACUCCCAUCUGUCCCAGGGCACCGGAGAGGAAAAUCACAGAACAGAGCCGGCACUGCUCAAUAAGAAACGUGGACCUGCUCCUCAGAGGCCUCCACCACCUAAAAGAGAUAAGUACAGGCGGCCAGAUAAUUCUGCACCAUCGCUUGGUGCCUCUUCUGAAUCCUUGCUGGCAGCACCCAGCCGCCCCUUUCCAUCCUCUUCCCCCAGCUCUGCUGAAGUGUUUACGAAUCACUCAUCUCUCUGUGAGAGUCCCACGGCUUUCAAUGGAAAACUAAAGAGUGAUAAUCCACAGGAACUUCUGCAGGCAUCAUCCACAGAGAAUGUUUGUCAGCACUUAGAAGAAAAAACGCACCUUAAGUCCAAAUCCGUGUUAACUUCCAGCAAGUAUCGGUACCUUCAGAAACCUCACAUGGAGACAUCCAGGUCCCCUUCUCCUCAGUUUGCACCACAGAAGCUCACUGAUAAACCUCCUGUGUCUGUACAGGAUGACAACCCAGCCAGAAUUGAAAGAGUUAUAGACAACAAUACUACAGUGAAAAUGGUUCCCAUCAAGAUAGUUCAUUCAGAGAGCAGUGCAGAAAAGGAGAGUCGGCAAAGUCUUGUGAGUACAAUGGAGCCACCUGCUUUACCCAGCGGUUUGGAAAAGGACCAAAUUAAAACACUCAGCACUUCUGAGCAAUCCUAUUCACGAUUCUGUGCUUACACCAGGCAAGGUGUAGAGCCAGAGCCAGAAACCAAAACCAAACCAACUGACCCUCAACCAGCUGAAGAACCUGGGAACAACUUGAAGGACAGCAGUGCUGCUGUGCCAGUAGUCAGCUAUGUAAAGGCCAAAGAGAAGACCUUGGAAGACUGGAAAUCAGAGGAACUAGCCAGAGAGAUUGUGGGAAGAGAUAAAUCUCUUGCAGACAUUCUGGAUCCUAAUGUGAAAAUAAAAACAGCGAUGGAUCUGAUGGUUGGAAUAUUCCCAAAAGAUGAACACCUCCUAGAAGAAGCUCAGCAGCGCAGGAAGCUCCUUCCAAAAGUUCCUUCUCCAAAAAUUUCAGAAGAGAAGAAAGAAGAGCAGAAUGCGCCAUCUGCCAUCUCCCUGACAACCAAUUCUACUUACUACAGCACAUCUGCACCAAAGGCUGAACUGCUGAUUAAAAUGAAGGACAUGCAAGAGCAGCAGCAACAGCAGCAGAGUGAAGAUGAUUCUGAAGAUGAGCUGGAUCAUGAUUUGUCAGAAAAGAAGCAAGAACUUAUUGACAGCAUUAGCAGGAAGCUGCAAGUGCUGAGGGAAGCUCGGGAGACACUCCUGGAAGACAUCCACGCAAACAAUAUUCUGGGGGAGGAGGUGGAGGCCAUUGUGAAAGAAGUCUGCAAACCAAAUGAGUUCGACAAAUUCAAGAUGUUUAUCGGAGACCUGGACAAAGUAGUCAACCUCCUGCUGUCACUUUCAGGUCGUCUGGCCCGGGUGGAGAAUGCUCUUAAUAACCUGGAUGAAAACACCUCUCCUGAAGAGCGGCGGACGUUGGUAGAGAAGCAGAAGCUGCUGACCCAGCAACAUGAAGAUGCGAAAGAACUGAAGGAGAACCUGGAUCGCCGAGAGCGCAUUGUCUUUGACAUUUUGGCGAACUACUUGAGUGAGGAGAACUUAGCAGACUAUGAGCACUUUGUAAAAAUGAAGUCGGCCCUCAUCAUUGAGCAGCGAGAGCUUGAGGACAAGAUCAAGCUGGGGGAAGAGCAGCUUAAAUGUCUGACCGACAGCCUCCAACCUGAACGGCUCAAAUGAGAGGACAGAGUUUGACCAAGGAUGUGAAAUACGGGGAAGAAGGAAGGGAUGGGGCGUUUCCAAGCGUACGCAUGAAUAUCUUGGCUUUUCUGAGUGUCCAGUAGAGAAACAAGUGCAUAAGAGAAAAACAGCUUUCAAAACAGCAAUAAUCUUUCAUUUUUGGGAUGAUGUAUUAAGUUUUUAGAAUACAUUUUUAUUGCUGGACUCCACAGCCACUUGUCAUUGCUUAAGUUACAGAAAGCUCCACAGAGACGGAUAGACUCUUAACCUUUCUACUCAGUAAGCUGAAAGCCUGUAGCAGUUGUGCAUGCAAGCAUUUUUUAGAAUAGAAUGUAUACUUCCUUUAUGUUCAGAUUCUGUACAGAUUGCUGGGAAACCCAACAGCAGUUUCUGAAUGCACACAAGUACAGAAGCUCUCUAUAUAGUGGCUUUUUAGUAUUAUUUUUUUUUUAAGACACAUUAAGCAGGGGAGAUGUGCAUCUUAUAGCUAAUAUAUUCAGAUUACUGAAAUGUAGUGUCACUCUGAUCCUGUGGCAUCAGACACUUUUUUUGUAAUAUUGUAUGUAGGAUUGCACUUCCCCCUCACAGAAAUAGCUCUGAAAUCAGUCUCAGUUGAACACUUCUUAAACCAGCUUGCAAAUCACCCAAUAGCUACCUUGCUGAAGAUUUUUUAUAAAAAAAUUAAUUUACAAGAUAUAAUUUUACACCAUCUCACUGUAAGACUCAUUACCUUCUGUACUAAAUUAGACUUGAUUUAAGAAACGGGCUGGAAAUCCUGUGCUGAUUUUUUUCCAAAACAUUUCUCAUCUAAAUUAUUUAGAAAGCUCAGUUGUUCUUUCUUGUGCUUUUUAUGCAUGUUCUUCUCUUUCUUCUCUCCAAACUGCUACAUUUUAUGAAAGUAAAUGUAGGCAAAAAUACUGCUUCUAUUUUCUUCUGAUUACUGAACAUUGUGAAUUUUUUUUUAAUAGACAGUUAAAUUAUACUGAAAUUGACCUACGUGAUGCUGUUCUUUCUUUCUACUUUCUCAGACUACCAAAUGCAAUAUAAACAAUAUCUGCCAUGUAAAUACUGUGCAUUACUUGGAGCAUCUCUGCUUUGUAACUGUGAACAUAAGUGGGUUCUGUUUGUUUGUUUUUUUUCAUUACACAGUGAUAAAUGAGAGGAUGCAAUUUUGCAGUAUCAGAUUACUGGUUAUGUUUUAGUAAUACUGCCACUGACUGUAAGGUAUGAUUUCCAGUAGCUCUAAGAAGAGCUGCUAACUUGUAUUUUAGCACAGAGGUAGGUUAUGUUGACUUGCUCAGAUACCUACAGAGAAAUUCUGUAGUGUCUGAAUAUCAUGUUUUAAAGAUGAAGUUCAGUAGGCACAGGAGAGUCUUGGAUGACUUUUGUAUAUUCCUUUUCACUGUAGUAAGGAAACCAUUUAUCUCUCCUUAAGUUAAACAGAUUGCUCAACAGGAACCCACUUUUGAGGCCAAUGUGAAUGCCAGUCUGUAGUGAAACAGGUCAGAGAUGCAAGUAGUUAGAUGUUGAAAAGAGAGAGGAAAGCAUUCUUCUAACUACUGGUGCAAUAGCAGCAUUCACAGAAGGUUCCUGUUCUCACCUGAAUAAUCUCAUUCACAGAGAGAGAUCCGGAGAGGUUCUCUCUGGGAGUUGGUGCAAAACUCUUCUGGAAGCAAUUCCUUUGCAGACAGGUGCAAACAUUAAAAGGACUGUUACCCCAUUGUAGUGCACUGUGUUGUAUACCUGGACCAAACCUGUAAUGAAAUCGUUUUGUCUGAGUUGUGGUCACAUGGAGCUGCCAUGUUAAAGGACCUACAGCUGACCUUAGUUUCUUCCUCCUAGUUCUGAAAUUUACUCUUUGGCAUCUCACAAUUACUUGCUGCUAUGUUACUUGGACAAGUGAUCCCUUUUGUCCUUACUUAUCCCUUAGCCAUAACAAUCCCAAAACUAAACAAUUCCCAAAUAAAUUAUGCUUGUCUUUAGCUUGGAGAAGUGUGCAUUGUUUUAUCUGUGGCAUUUUAAAGAUUUUACAUAUUGUGGUUACUCUGAAAUGUGUAUGUGAAAUGUGAAUAAUAAUAUAAUUACAAUGUGUUUGUAUACAGUACUUUGAUUUAGCUCUUUCUGAUAAAGGUAGCAAUAUUGUGAAUGCUAUAUAUAUUUUCCUUUUCACAGAACGAUUGUGUAGACACCAUUUUCUCCUUUCCUUUUAUAAACCUGUUGAAAGUCUCUCACCCCAGGAGCCUGAAGAUGGUUGCCUCCCAAUGUUGUUUGUAAAUCUGUAAAUAACUCUACUGUUGCUUUUUUGAAAAAAUCUGGUGCUAAUGUUUUGCCUUUGGCAUCCCGGAGAUGGCUGUUUCUUCACCUUACGUCGUUCUCAAUUUUAGGAUCUCUUUGUAUAGUGAAAGACUUCCACUAUGUUCCUCCAGUUGUUUGGAUCCUGCAGCCCAGAGUGAAAAUGUACAGUUUUCCUGCUUAACACUUCACACUUACCUACUGAAAAAAUGGUAUUGCUUGACUUUGAGAAAAUAAACUGUAUAUUUCAAUGUA